AUGAUGGCUCUUCACCAUCCAGCCGCCUUAGAGCUCAAGCCUGAGACCUUUUUGCAGCUCCAAGGCCAAGUACUGCUUAGGAUGCGGGUGCCGAAAUCGAUUGAUCCCGACCUUCUCAGUGCCAACUUCGUUCUCAGCUACACCCUUCUUGCACAACUCAGAAAGACUAGCAACGGGAAGCAAGUCAAAGAGCCCUUCGACCGCUUCUUCUCCGUGAACCGUGCCACAGAUCCACCAAUCACACUGAGUAAUGGGGUAAGAACCGAUGGAGACGCUAUCAAAAGUCUUAGACAGCGAGUGCGGGACUAUGGCUACUUCGGGGAUACAUUUGACUUGGACCAAGCUACGACAUUGCUCCCCACUCUGAUGCUGGAGCUGGAGCUGUUCACACGUCAUUUUACUCCAAGUCACAUCACCGAGCUUCCCUCACCUACUGGGAUACCUUUCUACUCUAUGAUGAAUGUGCCACCUGUCUUCGACAUAAGCAAAUCGCCCCCCUUUGGAGACGAAAUCAUACCAUUCGGCUGGUGUCACCUUGACAAAAUGGUGUCGCCCGACUUCCUCUCUUCCGGCUGCUGGACAGGCUAUUACUCUGAUCAGCGACGUUACUUGGGACGACGGCGUUUCGACCCUGCAAUGCGCGAUAUCCAAAUCGUUGCUAGGAGGAUAUGCAAAGAAGAGCUAGAGGUCGACUCUUCUCUCACGGAAUGCACGAUAGUCGAUCAGCAGAGCCGGGGAGUAGAUGCAGUUGGAGAGUUCUCAUUACAAGGUCGUGUUCAAGACGACGGGUUUGUCUAUUUGAUAAAGAGAUACUUCUCGGAAGACACCAUGUGGACGUGGAAAGCUAGGAUGACACCUUUUGGUAUUGUGGGCAUGUGGGGAAGUGAUCAAGAGAGAUUUGGAGGGUACUUUUGGAUAUGGAAGAAGGAGUGGUGUUGA